AUGGAAAACACCAGUCCUAGAACAGAUACAUCAACAGAUGCUGACACAGAAGAUAAGGAUGGGAGGAACAAUCAACUACAGAAUGCAGUUGGGUCUGAUGGUAGUUCGAGAGACCAAAAGACUCUCCGUAGGCUUGCUCAAAAUCGUGAAGCCGCAAGAAAAAGCCGCCUGAGGAAAAAAGCAUAUGUUCAACAGCUGGAGAGCAGUAGAAUGAAAUUGACACAACUUGAACAAGAACUUCAACGAGCUAGGCAGCAGGGAAUGUUUAUUUCAAGUUCAGGAGAUCAGUCUCAGGCGAUUGCUGGAAAUGGUGCCUUGACCUUCGACGCGGAAUAUGCCAGGUGGCUCGAGGAACACAAUCGGCGGGUGAAUGAGCUGAGAGGGGCCGUGAACUCGCAUGCGGGUGAUACGGAGCUCCGGAUAAUCUUGGACGGCGUUGUGGCCCAUUAUGACGACAUUUUCAGGAUAAAAGCCGAUGCUGCUAAGUCCGAUGUUUUUCACAUUUUGUCUGGAAUGUGGAAAACUCCGGCCGAGAGGUGCUUUUUGUGGCUCGGUGGGUUUCGUUCAUCCGAGCUCCUAAAGGUAAUGUCUAAAAAAUUGUAUAAAAAAAUCAAAAUAAUUCUGACAUUCGUUUUUUCGCAUCUUCUCAUAAAUCAGUUGGAGCCGCUGACUGAGCAACAGGUUCUUGCCAUCAACAACUUGCAGCAGUCAUCUCAACAAGCUGAAGAUGCUUUAUCACAGGGAAUGGAUGCUUUGCAGCAAUCUUUAGCCGAGACGUUAGCUGGCUCUCUUGCUCCCUCGGGCUCAUCUGGAAAUGUUGCAAACUACAUGGGCCAAAUGGCAAUGUCUAUGGGCAAAAUAGGAACUUUAGAAGGCUUCAUACGUCAGGCUGAUAAUUUGCGGCAACAAACUCUUCAACAAAUGCACCGUAUACUAACAACUCGCCAGUCGGCUCGUGCGGUCCUUGCCAUCAACGACUACUUUUCUCGCCUCCGAGCCCUUAGCUCACUUUGGCUGGCUCGCCCUCGUGAGUAA